AUGAGAGUGUCCGGAUCUCUGAAGCAGCGUCAAGCGCCAGAGAGGACGGAUAAUAUCAAACGAAUGGAAGCGCUUGGCUGGAAGCACGUCGGAAGUCGAGAGUUCCAGGGAAGCAAAGCGCAAAGAGAGAAGAUGAGCGCGUCGCAGAAGCGUCGGGAUGAGAGGGGAAAUAUGAUCCUUGCUCUUCGCAACCGUAAUGGGGGAGACUGUACGUCUGCGUCAAUGGGCGGCCCUGAGAAAGAUGCGAAGAUGGUCGGUGGGAGAGAAGGGAAAGGGAGGAAGAAGAAGAAGGGAAGAAGAAGAGACAAACGGGUGGAGGAGGCAGAGGAGAAAGCGAGCGAGCGCGACGGUCAGGAGAUGGGAUGGGGGAGGGCCCAAAGUGGUUAG